CGCCGUUUCCGAAUCUGUCCAACAACUCACCAGUCCCCACUCAGGCAUUUACUGGAGCGGAGAAGACGCGAUGGCCAUGGGAGACCAGCAAUGGCGACUGCAUCUGUAACUCAACAAUUAACCAAGUCCAUCGCACUCUCAGCAGCCACCCUCGGCGCUACCAUUCUGCUAAUUCUAUUUCCUCGCCCCUACAAACCUUCCUUAACCCUAAAUCCCAUGGCGGCUAGAAGCUUCGUCCUCUGGCUUCAUGGAUUGGGAGACUCGGGUCCGGCUAACGAGCCAAUUAAGAAUAUCUUCACUUCCCCUGAGUUCAAGAGCACUUCCUGGUCUUUCCCUUCUGCUCCUUCCAACCCAGUCACGUGUAACUAUGGUGCUGUGAUGCCUUCAUGGUUUGACAUUCAUGAGAUUCCUGUAACUGCUGAUACUCCAAAGGCUGAAAGCUCUGUGCUUGAAGCAGUAAAAAGUGUGCAUGCAAAGAUAGACAAGGUGGUAGAUAGUGGGAUAAAUCCAAAUAAUAUAUUUGUGUGUGGAUUCAGUCAAGGAGGUGCCUUGACGUUAGCCAGUGUUCUGCUAUAUCCAAAAACUCUAGGAGGAGGCGCAGUAUUUAGUGGAUGGGUUCCUUUCGAUUCAACUAUUAUGGACCGAAUACAUCCAGAUGCAAAAAGGACACCAAUUUUAUGGUCUCAUGGAAUUGACGACAGAACCGUAUUGUUCGAAGCUGGGCAAGCUGGGCCACCGUUCCUUGAAAAGGCAGGACUAAACUGUGAAUUUAAGGCUUAUCCCAGUCUCGGCCAUUCGAUAAGCAUAGAGGAGCUCAAACACCUUGAAUCAUGGAUCAAGAGCCGUCUACAAAGUUCUUCCUGAAAACUGUUGCUGGAUCAUCAUAUCAUCAUCCAUUCAUCCUUUCCUUAUCUGGGAAGAUCUUAAUCUUUUCAAUAACUUCCAUAAUUUAAUGAACUCUAGUUGAAUAAAAGUAAUUUGUUUGGAAAAGUAUCACUUUGAAUUUGGGAAGUA